CCAGCGCAGCCAGUCCUCGCGCUGCUUAAACCGAAGCUGCUCGCGUUCGCAACGCCGACACGCAUUCCACUCGCGCCACGGAACGGAAUAUUUAGGCGAGUUUGGGAAUUUAACUAUGACUAGGACAUGCCAUCCAAGGAUCAUUCAAACGUGAGCCCAGGACAAAGAAUUGAGGUGGAUGUUGAAGUGGAUGACUGUUGUGUGAGAAGGCAAGGAACCGUUCAAUCAAUAAAGCCUUUGCUGAGUCCCUUUCUUGUUUGCUGAGUUCGUUUAAAAGUCCCCGGUUGAAGAGGAAGCGUGGACCACCAUAUUCUUCACUUGCGAGGAGCAGGGCAGAUAUGUGGCCUCAGCGAGGGCCACAAUGCUUUAUUAGCCCAAGGACUGCGGUGCUCUUUGGGCUGGUGACUAUCUGCAUAUUCCCCCACUUUUCUGAAGGAUCCCCAGAGCCAUUUAGGUCCUUCUUGCCUCCUGACUGGGGUCUAACACAUUUAGCCAUCCAUAACAAGACAGGGGAUGUGUACGUUGGUGCGGUAAACUGGAUCUACAAGCUUUCUAGCAACUUGACCAAGUUGAGGAGUCAUAUGACUGGUCCUGUAGUGGACAACGAGAAAUGCUAUCCACCUCCAGGUGUACAGGUAUGCCCCCAUGACCUUGCCCCAAACAGUAAUGUGAACAAGCUGCUGCUAAUAGACUAUGCCCAAAACCGACUCAUUGCUUGUGGAAGCACCUCGCAAGGCAUCUGUCAGUUUCUACGCCUGGAUGAUCUUUUCAAGCUUGGCGAGCCACACCACCGUAAGGAACACUACCUUUCCAGCGUCGUCGAGUCAGGAACCAUGUCCGGGGUCAUCAUCUCUGAGGGACAAAUCAGCAAGCUUUUCAUUGGAACUCCCAUCGAUGGAAAAUCAGAGUACUUCCCAACUCUUUCGAGCCGUAAGUUGAUGGCCAAUGAGGAAGAUGCUGACAUGUUCAGCUUUGUCCACCAGGAUGAGUUUGUCUCCUCCCAGCUGAAGAUCCCCUCGGAUACGCUGUCCAAAUUCCCUACAUUUGACAUCUACUACAUAUACAGCUUUAGCAGCGAACAGUUUGUCUACUACUUGACCUUGCAGUUGGAUACCCAGCUAACUUCUCCUGAUGCCAGUGGGGAACAGUUCUUCACCUCUAAGAUCGUCCGACUCUGUAUUGAUGAUCCCAGGUUUUACUCCUACGUGGAGUUCCCAAUCGGAUGCACCAAAGAUGGCGUAGAGUACAGACUGAUCCAGGACGCCUACUUGGCCAAACCCGGAAGACAACUUGCAAACUCUCUGGGCAUAUCCGAGCAAGAGGACAUAUUGUUUACGGUCUUCUCCCAAGGCCAGAAGAACCGGGUCAAACCCCCAAAAGAGUCAGCACUCUGCCUGUUCACGCUGACGAAAAUAAAGGAGAAGAUAAAGGAAAGGAUUGAUUCAUUCUUUUAUGGGGGGGAGGGGAUGUUUUUUUUGUGGUUGCUAAUCAACAAGGAGCUACCAUGCAUCAACUCGCCUCUCCAGAUCGACGAUAACUUCUGCGGGCAGGAUUUUAACCAGCCUCUAGGGGGCACCAGCACCAUCGAGGGCAUUCCCCUCUUCAUAGACAAAGAUGACGGAAUGACUUCGGUAGCUGCUUACGAUUACCGCGGCAACACUGUGGUUUUCACAGGAACACGCAACGGCCGAAUGAAGAAGGAGAGCAGAGUUCACCCGCAGACUAAACUACAGAGAGAGGGUGGAGAGGGAGUGUUUAUGCCCCGAGGAGAGAGACCUCGUCCUCGUCCUCCUGUGCUGGAGUCACACGGCUGUUGUGACUGUGGUAUUUGUUUGUCUCAGUACAGCAGCUGCUCUGAAUGUCUGAGCUCCAGAGACCCUCACUGCGGCUGGUGUGUCCUUCACAACAUCUGUUCUCGCCGCGAUCGCUGUGAGAGAGCAGACGAGCCGCAGAGGUUCGCCUCCAGAGUGGAUCAGUGUGUGGAGCUCACGGUGCAGCCCAACAACAUCUCCGUCACCAUGGCCGAAGUCCAGCUGGUCCUGCAGGCCCGCAACGUCCCGGAUCUUUCCGCAGGGGUGGACUGUUCCUUCGAGGAUUACACCGAGACCGAAGGAACAAUACACGGAUCACGAAUCUACUGCCUCUCGCUGUCAGCCAAAGAGCUGGUCCCCAUCACACGCCAGCAGAGAGACACUCAUGUGGUGAAGCUCUAUCUGAAAUCGAGGGAAACGGGGCAGAAGUUUGCCAGCGUGGAUUUCACCUUCUACAACUGCAGCAUCCACAGAUCGUGCUUGUCCUGUGUGAACGGCUCGUUCCCGUGUCACUGGUGUAAAUACAGACACUUGUGCACACAGAACGCCAACGACUGCUCCUUCCAGGAAGGACGCGUGAACAUGUCAGAGGACUGUCCUCAGAUUCUGCCGUCCACUCAGAUCUUCAUCCCCGUCGGCGUCCCGAAGCCCAUCAAGCUCUCGGCCCGCAACCUUCCACAGCCUCAGUCCGGUCAGAGGAACUACGAGUGCAUCUUCCACAUCCAAGGCGAGACGCAGAGCGUGACGGCGCUGCGCUUCAACAGCUCCAGCAUCCAGUGCCAGAGAAGCACCUAUAAUUAUGAAGGAAGUGACAUCAGCGAUCUUCCCGUUGAUCUGUCGGUGGUGUGGAACGGCAACUUCAUCAUUGACAACCCUCACAACAUCCAAGCGCACCUGUAUAAGUGCUACGCGUUGCGGGAGAGCUGUGGUUUGUGUCUGAAGGCCGACCCCAGCUUCGAGUGCGGCUGGUGUGUCCAGGACAGGAAGUGCUCUCUGCGGCAGGAAUGCACUCAGCAGGAACACACCUGGAUGCACGCGAGCGCCGGAAACAGCCGCUGCACGCACCCGCGCAUCACCAGAUUGUUUCCUGAGACUGGCCCGCUGCAGGGAGGAACCAGACUGACCAUCAGCGGAGAGAAUCUGGGCCUUCAGUUCAAAGACAUCCAGAACGGAGUGAGGAUCGGGAAGGUGGCCUGUCAGCCCAUCGAGGAGGAAUACAUCAGCGCUGAGCAGAUCGUGUGUCGAUUGGCCGAUGCCACAGGUUACCGUGUGCAGGAGGCUCAGGUGGAGGUGUGUGUGCGAGACUGUCUGCCGGAUUACAGGGCCGUGUCUCCCAAAGCCUUCACGUUUGUGUCGCCGCACUUCACACGCGUGCUGCCGUCAUACGGGCCCAUUUCCGGAGGAACGAGGAUCACCAUUCAGGGCAGCCAUCUGAACUCAGGCAGCGCCGUCUCCAUCAAGAUCGGACUCAACACCUGCCGCUUUGAGAGGCGAAGCGCCCGUGAGAUCGUGUGUGUGACUCCGGCAGGUUUGGGGACAGGAGGGACCCCAGUGAUGGUGGACAUAAACGCAGCCGAGCUCAGAAACCCGGAGGUGAAGUUCAACUACAUGGACGACCCCAGCAUCCUGAAGAUCGAGCCGGACUGGAGCAUCGCCAGUGGAGGAACCCCGUUAACAGCAAUCGGCAGCAACCUGGCCACCGUCAGAGAGCCGAAGAUGAGAGCGAAGUACGGCGGCAUCAGUUCAGUCCACAACUGCACUGUGCUCAAUAACACGGUGAUGGUGUGUCUGGUGCCGUCCGUGGCGGGGUCCGAGAGGGGUUUCUCAGAGGCGGGCAGCGGGCCGGAUGAGAUCGGGUUCAUCAUGGAUAACGUUCAGACGCUGCUGGUGGUGAACGAGACCUUCAGUUUCUAUCCCGACCCUGUGUUUGAACCCUUCAGCCCGUCCAUGCUGGAGCUCAAACCGGGAUCUCCUCUCAUCCUGAAGGGCAAGAAUCUGAUUCCUUCGGCUGCUGGUAACUACAGAUUGAACUACACGGUUCUGAUCGGUGACGAGCCGUGUGUGUUGACCGUGUCCGAGGCUCAGCUGAUGUGUGAAUCGCCAGACCUCUCCGGACAACAUAAAGUCACUAUCUUGGCCGGAGGUUUCCGAUACUCUCCAGGAACUCUGCAGAUCUACUCGGACAGCCUGCUGACGCUCCCCGCCAUCAUCGGGAUCGGAGGAGGAGGAGGUCUUCUUCUGCUCGUCAUCAUCCUCAUCCUCAUCGCAUACAAGCGUAAAUCCCGUGACGCGGACCGGACGCUCAAGCGGCUGCAGCUGCAGAUGCACAAUCUGGAGUCCAGAGUCGCUCUGGAGUGCAAAGAGGCGUUUGCGGAGCUGCAGACUGAUAUCCAUGAGUUGACUCAGGAUCUGGAUGGAGCUGGAAUCCCAUUCCUGGAUUACUGUACUUACGCCAUGAGAGUGCUUUUCCCUGGAAUAGAGGACCAUCCGGUGCUGAAGGAGAUGGAGGUCUCAGUGAACAUGGAGAAGGCUCUGACUCUGUUCGGCCAGCUCUUGAAUAAGAAGCACUUCCUGCUGACGUUCAUCCGGACGCUAGAGGCCCAGCGCUCGUUCUCCAUGCGCGACCGCGGGAACGUGGCGUCUCUCAUCAUGAGCGCCCUGCAGGGCGAGAUGGAGUACGGCACCGGUGUCCUGAAACAGCUCCUGUCCGACCUCAUCGACAAGAACCUGGAGAGCAAGAACCACCCCAAACUCCUGCUGCGAAGGACUGAAUCUGUGGCUGAGAAGAUGCUAACAAACUGGUUUACUUUCCUCCUCUACAAGUUUCUUAAGGAGUGUGCAGGUGAGCCUCUCUUCAUGCUGUAUUGUGCUAUAAAGCAGCAGAUGGAGAAAGGGCCGAUAGACGCCAUCACCGGAGAGGCCAGAUACUCGCUCAGCGAGGACAAACUCAUCCGACAACAGAUCGACUACAAAACACUGACGCUGCACUGCAUUAACCCAGAGAAUGAGAACGCAGCCGAGGUCACCGUUAAGUGCCUGAACUGCGACACCAUCACGCAGGUCAAAGAGAAGCUGCUGGACGCCGUCUUUAAAGGCACUCCGUACUCGCAGCGGCCCAAAGUCGGAGACAUGGACCUCGAGUGGCGUCAGGGUCGCAUGGCUCGUAUCAUUCUCCAGGACGAGGACAUCACCACUAAGAUUGACAACGACUGGAAGCGUCUCAACACACUGGCACACUAUCAGGUAACAGACGGGUCAGCGAUCGCAUUGGUUCCCAAGCAGAACUCCGCCUACAACAUCUCCAACUCUUCAACCUUCACCAAAUCCCUCAGCAGAUACGAGAGCAUGCUGAGAACGGCCAGCAGUCCAGACAGCCUUCGCUCGCGGACGCCCAUGAUCACGCCAGACCUGGAGAGCGGCACCAAACUCUGGCACCUGGUGAAGAACCACGACCAUCCGGACCAGCGGGAGGGCGACCGCGGCAGCAAGAUGGUCUCUGAGAUCUACCUGACGCGUCUGCUGGCUACUAAGGGGACACUGCAGAAGUUUGUAGACGACCUGUUUGAGACCAUCUUCAGUACGGCCCACCGGGGCAGCGCGCUUCCUCUGGCCAUCAAAUACAUGUUUGACUUCUUAGACGAGCAGGCCGACAGACACAUGAUAUCAGACCCCGACGUCAGACACACGUGGAAGAGCAACUGCUUGCCGUUGAGGUUCUGGGUGAACGUGAUCAAGAACCCUCAGUUUGUGUUCGACAUUCAUAAGAACAGCAUUACAGACGCGUGUCUGUCCGUUGUGGCUCAGACCUUCAUGGACUCCUGCUCCACGUCAGAACACAAGCUGGGCAAAGACUCGCCCUCCAACAAGCUGCUCUACGCUAAAGACAUCCCCAACUACAAGAACUGGGUGGAGAGGUAUUACUCUGAUAUCUCGCGGAUGCCGGCGAUCAGUGAUCAGGACAUGAGCGCGUAUCUGGCCGAACAGUCGCGUCUGCAUUUAAAUCAGUUCAACAGUAUGAGCGCACUGCACGAAAUCUUCUCCUACAUCACCAAAUACAAGGACGAGAUCCUGUCUGCGCUGGAGAGGGAUGAACAGUCCCGCCGCCAGAGACUGAGGGCUAAACUGGAGCAGGUGAUCGACACCAUGGCUCUUUCCAGCUGAUCGCGACUGGAAACCUCCGUGUGUGUUUCUACACCAGGACAAAGCCCACAACGCUGAAUGUAGGUGGUGUAGAUUUUGCGUUGUUGGACAAAGACGCUCUUUCUUGCUUUGAAGAGACAAUGAGGACAUUUGGGACCUCUGAUGAAGUCAUGUGACCGUGUCACAAGCCAAUGAUCGCGAUGGAUCAAAGGACACUCUACUCUGAUUUCGUGUUUACUAUGUUUAUUAUUUUGUACAUAUGUUAUCGACUCUCCGCUCUCUCUGCCACUUGUGUUUCUGCUGAAUUUGCACAGUUUACAGAAUCAACGAGCAACUGCCUCCAUCUCAUGCACACGACGACCUGUUUCAGGUCAGGAAACGCAACGGUGGGUUUAUUUGAACCUUUACGUACAGUAAUGUUGACGAAGGUAAAUUUGACAUUACACAAAUGACAAAAAGAAGGAAAACAUAACUAAAAAUAUGAUUUAAAAUAUUGUCCUGUGCCAUGUUUUAUUUGUAUGUUGUUUAAUAAAAAAAAAAUAAAGGUUUGUGAAGCAGGAAUGUUGACAGGAGAAAUAUUUCAUCCAAAAAUGACAUGUUUUUAAUUUUGACUGAACUGUUAAAGCAAAGCUUUAAUUACGGAUUCAUCAGAUGCUCCUCUUGAUUUUAGCGUGUGCACUCAGAUCAUUAAACGCGUUCGUCCUCCUCGUCUUUCAGCAGAAAUCACUAUGUUUAGUGAGACUGAGCUGAAGUAAAUGAGUGAAAAGGAGGCCGAGUGAAUUGUUUCAGAUGCAGGAGUCAGUGUUUCUGUGGCGUGUCGAUACGCUCGUUCAUCAGGCCUUCAGCCUCCGUGAUCAGAAAAGAGAACUGGGCUUUUGUUUUUAAUGAGAUGGGCCUGAUUGAUUCAGACUGAUCCAUCACUCUGCUUUCAUUGAUCACUUUAAGAGGAGAUGUCUCGUUUGUCAAACCCGUUUUGUUUUGAUCUGUUUAUUCCCUCUUGAACCUGAGAUUCAUCUUUUAUGAGCGAAUGUUUCAGUGCUUCAUAAAGUGGUACAAAAUAUAAAAUGGACAGAGACAAAAACAACAGUAUCAGUGAGGAAAUACCAUUCUAGUUUCUCAGUUUUUUUUUUAUCGAUCUUCCAUAUUCUCAAUGAGUCUCUUCUGAAGUUUUUGGCCAGUUUCUCAUAUCAGAUUUAACUCAAAGAGCCCGUGUGAUCAACAUGUCUGUUAGAUUUGAGUGCAUCAUUGCUGGUCUUCUCCUAAAAAUGAACAAAUUAAAUUUUAGCUGGUUUACCUUUAGCAUUUAAAAAUUGCAGCGUUUUUCUUCCAGGAAACCAGUCCAAAAACAUUGAGGAUCUUGCCAUAAACUACAACAAAAAUUGCUAAAUAAAAGCUAUUAACUGUUUUGUAGAGUAAUGAGAUGGAUCCCUUUUAAUUGGAAAUAUGCCAGCAAAGGGAAACAGUACUCAUCAGGCGUUUUCAUGAGGUCUCUAAGGCUUAUUUUACCAAAAUAUCAAAUUAAAGUCCUGUUCAUACUAAGAAUGAUAACUAUAUUAGCAUCCACACCAAAGGACAAUAAUAUUGCAUAUUUUAAAUGUGCACUUCUGUUAUGUUUUGUGAAUAAAAUUGCAGUGCACACUUUAAAUGGAAAGAUUUUGACUUGCUGUACGUUUUUAUUGUUCAUCAGCUAUAAAAAAUAAAUUUGAAUCUGAAAGUGAUUCCAAAUAAACAUUUCCUUGUAAUGUGGACUCUGCCAAAGCAUUAUGAUUAAAGUUAUUAUUCUUGGUGUGAACCGGUUUAAUGGUUGUACUGUAACUAAAGUAACCAGCUCUGCUCUGAUAGUGAUGUCAAAGGCAGGUAGUCAGAUGACAUCAUCAUCAUCCUCAGUGACAUCAUUCAGUUUUACAAAAAGAAGAAAAACAGACUUUAUAUUAACACUGAAUUUUUAACUUUAUUGUUUUGGCUUUCUUCCUGCUUGACUGGUUUGUUUUGACAGAUAUAACUAUCUGAUCUACAUAAUCUUCAUGCAAUAACCUUGUGCUGUCAGCGGGUUGGUGCAUGUCUUCACUUUGCACAAUCAAUCCUGUAUCGGUUGAUUUAGACUGAUGGAGGUCGGGUUAGUGUUUUUGGUCAGUGUAAAUGCAGCGGACAGCCCGUUGACCUUCUAAUCAGUCUGGUUUGACGUCACAUGCUUUAAAAUGAGUUCCAAACAUCUCAGGAUCUUCCUUUUGCUCUUGAGUUUGUCUCUCGAUCAGAGACUGGACUCACUGGUGAUGUUCUGGACAUUUGGGUUGCGGUUCUUCCCAGGGACUCUCAAUGUUUACACCCAACGUUCAAAUCACUUGUACAAAAAAACAAAAAUUGUGUUUUAAUUUAUUUAUAUUUUGAUCCUGUUGUUGUGUUUCUUAGAUUGAAAUGUGUCUAAACUGGUGCUUUUGGAGUGUUCUCUGCUUUCCUUUCAUACAUUGCUGAAAUAGCUUCUACAAUUUUCAUUAAUCUGCUCUUUAACUCAAGAUCUCUGUGAAGGUCCGCGUUGAUGACACGCAAUAAUACUGAGGCACAGAUACGAAAGCUAUCGUGUCUAACCUCAUCCCUUUUUUGCUUUGUUUCUUUCCAGUAAUUUUUGAAAAAUAAUAAUGAAGUAUCUGUCCUUCAGACCAGACAAAAAAAAUGCAGAGAUGAAGCAAGACCAUUUGUGUUGUUGGUGAAACUAAAAUAACAAAAGACAUUUGAACAAUUAUGAUUCAGGACUCAGACUGUCACCGGUAUCUAUUCAUAUGUAAAUAUGUUGUUGUUGUUGUUUUUGCAGAUUUACUACUUGUGAAUAAACAAGCAUCAAGGAGAAAUUAAACAUGUUUUUGCUAAAACC